AUGCACGCCCGCUGGAAAGUAGCCAUUGUGUUCUGGGUAGCCCUCAUAAUGAUUGCUUUCUUCACAGCCGACGAAGACUGCGACGAGGAGCAAGAGUACCAAACACCCCUCCAAGCAGCCUGCAACGCGCAUGAUCUCGACGCCAUCAAGGACGCGGCAUGGAGCGCCGAGAAAGAGGAUCUUGCCCGCUCGCUCUGCCAAGCGAGCAGUAAAGGCGAUCUCGAUGUCGUCGUCGUCCUCCUGGACACACCGAGGAUCGACGUAAAUGCGAUCCAUGACGGCAGCACGCCGAUUUUCUGCGCGGCGUCGUCGGCUGACCCGGAGCUGAUCGAGUUCUUGCUUGGCCGUGGCGCGGAUGUUGAGAUCAAGUCGAUGAAUACGCGGUAUUCGAUGUAUGGGGAUACGGCCGAUUUGACGCCUCUCCAUGGAUUAAGCGAUACCCGGUUUAUGUGGGAUGGCAAGGACUCCAAGGAGCAGGAGAAUCUACGCCAAUCAACGCUUCUACUCCUCGAAGCUGGAUGUGAUGUCAACGCUGCUACGAAACACGGAUACACGCUGCUUUUCGAUGCGCUGCGACUCGGGCUUCCGAUAGUCGACAUCCUGCUUGAGCACGGGGCAGAUCCAAAUUAUCAGGAUAAAAAGGGGAAUACGCCGCUGCAUUUCUUCCAUAAGAUCAAGGAGCGAAAGGACGAUCUGAAACUGGUCAUGAACCACGGCGCGAGACUUGAUAUCCGGAGUCCGAAUGAUGGGAUGACGCCUCUGCACUCGUACGUAAGGUAUCACCGCAUGAACACGUCUUUACUGGCGCCAUACGUAUCCGACUGGAACCUUACCGACGCAAACGGGAACACGCUCCUUCACAUUGCUGCUCAGAGCCAUACCUCAAGGGCCCCGAUCCUCCCCGAGAUCCUGGCGCUCGGGAUCGACGUGCAUCAACGAAAUAACGACGGGUGCGAGGCCAUCACUCUCGUCGCCGACGGCACCUUCGACUGGGAAGAGAGAGUAGAUCUCCUACUCGCCGCGGGCGCAGAUCUCGAGGCUCGAGACUACAACGGGCGCACGUUGCUCGCUCGCGCGAUGUUCGACCGGCCGAACUAUCGCUAUGACGAGAUGAUUCCACAUCUCGUUUCGCGCGGCGCGAAUAUCAACACGCAGGACUACCAUGGGAACUGUGUGCUGCACUAUAUGGUCCGGCCGCAUCGACUGCAGUUUGAGGCUCUAAUGUUCCUCUUGGGAAUGGGUGCAGACCCGAACAUGACGAAUUACAAGGGCGAUACGAUAUUGCACCGCCUGGCCGCGAACCUGGGCACGAUCCCCGAGGAAACGAUAAUCACCGCGAUCAAGAAAGUGAUCGAUAUGGGUGUUUCACCUGUAGUGCAGAACUACAAAGGACAGACGCCGCUGCACAUGCUCUGCAGUCUCGUCUCUGAGCAUCAUUUCCGAGUUGCACCGGGGGCCGAGAAAGCGCCAAUCGACAUUCUUCUUGAUGCCGGUCUCGUCGCUGGCCUAGAGAUCCCAGACCACGACGGGAUCCUCCCCAUCCACCUCGCGGCGACUGUCUCCGAAGUUCUCGUCGCGAAAUUGAUCUCCAGAGGGGCAAGCACGACUGUCGUUACGAAGGAUGGACGAAACCUCCUACACAUCGCCUCGACGGCGCGACAGAGUAAUAUAGUCGGACUCCUCCUCGACCACUACCCAUCCGCCAUACAAACAUCCAUGGUCAACGCCCCGUGCAAACGUGGCCGUACACCACUGCACGAGGCGGCGCGAUCCGGCCGACUCGAAACCGUCGCCGUCCUCCUCGACGCCGGCGCAAACGCCUCAGCUACCGAUACGGACGGUAAAGACGUCCUCUACGCGUGCUCGGAAUUCAUCAAGGAAAGGGAGCUGUGGAAGUACGGGGAUGAAACCCAAAACGUCUUCGGCAAACUCGCAGCGGCCGGGGUGCUAGGAAGCGACGAUUCGCGGCCUCACGAGCCCAGAGACGACGGUCCGCGGACCCGCGGGCGAAUGGCGCUGUACGAGGUCAAAUCCGAGCAUGACACUGCGAGCAUUGCGCCGAUUGUCCGACUGCUAGCUGCACAUGGCGCGAAGCUUGCACCGGAAGAGAUCACCCGUACGACUCCGAUCACGCACGCGGUAUACGCUGGCUCUGAUGAGAUGGCUGUCGAGAUUACACGGCUCGCGGACGCGCAGGGGCUCCAUCUGAGGAGUUUCCACGAGCUCCAAUCGGACUAUAUGAAGCUACGGUCCAUGCACCUCCCAGAUAUCUUGCAGAAACAGUUCGACAAGUACAUCAGUAGUCAUGAUCUCGGGUACAUGCUCUUACACGGCCACCAGGAAGAAAUUGCCCAAGCCCUCGAGAAAACACCCAAGGAGCUCCUGGAGAAAGACGACCAGUCUGGCCUCGCAGAUUUCCUCUCAACGCUGGCGCGAUACGGCUAUGUCGAUCUCUUCUCCCGCCUCGGCAGCCUGAUGACCCGCGACGGCUGGGUCAACGGCGGCAAGGGCUCGCUAGGCGCAAAGCUCCCCCCUUACCUCCUCACAGCAGCCCGGCGAUCCCUCCCAAACCUCCCCAUGCUAAAGCUCCUCAUUGAGAAGUUCCACGCCGACGUCAACGCCCCCUUUACACCGGACAUGAAACUCAGCCCAGAAGUGUUCUUCUCCUCCCGGGUUUACGCAGACAAAUCCUACAAACCGGGCGAUACGAUUUUGCAUUUUCUCGCGCAGGGCGGACACUGGUGGCAUGAGAAUGCGAUAAAGUAUCUGCUGGAGCACGGCGCCGAUCCGAAUGCGAGGAAUGAGGAGGGAUAUACGCCGUUGUAUGCGGCUGUGAGGCCGCAGCAUCUUGCUGGGUAUCGGCAGUUGGAUAUUGUGAGGGUUUUGUUGGAUGGCGGGGCGGAUCCGAAUAAAGCUACUGCGGAUGGGGAUCGGGAGGUUGAGGGCAAUCCACUACUGGCGAUAGCGGCUCAUGAUUUGGAGAUUGCGAGGUUACUUAUUGAGUACGGGGCGCGUUGA